AUUCUAUAAACCAAAUCCUAUGGAUGUACAAUGCAGUCAGUUUCUUGGAUCUCGCAUCUAUCUAUCUGUUUUUUCCGCCGCAAUUCAUAUGGGUGGCUCUUCUGAAUCGUGAAAAGGCAGAGCAAUCGCAAAUUUUUUCACACAAAAAUGGAAGAAAACGCAGACAGAAUCAGCAAUCUACCGGACUUUGUACUGAGUCACAUCCUCUCGUUCCUCCCUAUCAAAACCGCCGUUUCCACAAGCCUUCUUUCUCCCAGAUGGCGCCACAUUUGGAAGAAACAUCUCUCAGUUCUCGACUUCUCCGACGACGACUUUUUUCAACCAAACGACGACCGUUUAGAACUCUUCAAAACCUUAGCGGUUUUUGUUAACGGCGUCUUCACUCUCCGCAAACCUUGCGAAGUUAGUAAGAUGCGUCUCUCAUGUACCCAUUCUCUCGUCGCCCACAAGGUUUGUACCUAUUCUGUCAAUACGUGGGUCCACUCCGUCAUUGGGCCCCAUCUCAAGGAACUCGACCUCACUCUCUAUUCCAACGACGACGACGGAGGAUAUUGCUUCGAGCCUCCCAUCAGCCUCUCUGCUUGCAUUAAUAUAGUUUCCCUCAGUCUCAACGGUGCAGUAUAUUUUAACUUGAAACGAGCUAAGGCGAUUCGUUUACCGUCAUUAAAGAAGCUACAACUUCACAUCGGUUAUGUGGAAGUGUCUCCCAUGAAUGCCCUCCUCUCUGGCUGUCCUAACCUAGAAACUCUCGAUCUUUGCUUUUAUGCUAGGGACAGCGGUGGUAUAAUUCGUGUGCCACCUUCAUUGAAGUGGUUGAAAAUCAUCAUUAACAAUUCAGACACCGGGGCUUCCCUUGAAAUUGAUGUGCCUGUUCUUGAGUACCUCUGCAUUGCAAAUAUCACAAUCACUGAUGCCAACAACUUGCAAAACGUGGUGGAAGCGUCUGUUGAUGUUUUUCCUUCCUCGGCUGCUUCUGCCUUCACUUUUCUCAAGCUCCUCGGCGCUCUCACUGGAAUAAAACAUCUAGUGUUGAGUCGUUCAACAACAAAGUGGCUACUGGGUGGCCCCACUGAUCUACACUUUCCAGAAUUUCGCCAUUUACUUCAUCUAGAGCUCAUUCUUCCAUGGUUCAACUUGUAUUCUCUGCUGAGCCUGCUUCAGACAUGCCAUCUGCUUCAAGUUCUCAUAAUUCAAAACGACAAGGAUCAGUCACCCUUACCAAUAUGUGCUACACAACCAAGUGUUCCUAGUUGUCUUGUAUCACACCUGGCCUCCAUUGAAUUAAAAGGAUAUCGAGGAUUUCCAGAUGAGUUGUUAUUUGCUGAAUAUGUUUUGCAAAAAGGGCUUGUUUUGAAAACAAUGAUUAUUGUUGAUAUAUCGGUGGACCCAAACAAAAAGUUUGACACUCUUAGAAGAUUAUCUAAUGUGCCAAGGGCCUCUGCAAAUUGCCAACUUACAUUUGACUAAGUUAUAUCUGCCUAAGGUGUGAUUUCUCACUAAAACUACUUUGUUAUUUGUUUAUUACUGAAUCAAUUCAAAGGUGAUUCAGAUUGGGUUUGGUCUGCAUAAUUAGUUGUCCCUUGUAUUUUCUUGCAUGCACUUCAUUUUCAACUCUAUUUGGUGGAAUGACAUGAUUCAAUACUUCAAAGUUUCUGAAUUUCUUUGAUCCAGCUAUUUUCCAAUAAGGUAUAAUAAUAUUAAUUAGGAUAUGCCCUCUCUACUAAAAGAAUUAUUCAAGUUUUGCCUCUGUAACCAUGUUUGUUUUACAAAUAUGUUCUCCUGAUUUAUUGAAAAAAGAAGAAAUUGGCAA